CGAAAAUUGGCGCAAGAGUCCAAGACUACAAUUAAUUAACGGGCAUAUAAAUUCGCAUGAUCUGACGAUGAGGUCGUGUACUGUACAGCAAGUUUCUUAUCCGGGAAAUCUAUUCAAUUGUGCAACCGUAGAAUCCAUGGUCGGGCUGCGGGCGACGUCAUUUCUCUUUCCAACUGGCGACGAUGGCCUCUCCAACUCCUCAUCAAACGUCACAGCUGACACCAUGCAAACCGCUAGGCCGCCAUGGGUCGCCAACGAUGCCUACAAGCCAUAUUUCCAAGUAUCCUGUGCCGCAUCCAUGUUCGGCUCUGUAGUCAUCAUCCUCACCUAUCUUCUCUUCAGAGAUCUUCGCACGACGUCGCGCCUUCUUCUCGUCUUUCUCUCUCUCAUGGAUUUUGGUACGGCUCUUUCUAACUCGAUCGGAAUGGUUGCUGGAUUCAAAGAGACAACAACCGGCUGUCAAGUGCAGGCAGCGUUUGCAAUCUUCUGUAGUCUGAGUUCCUACUUCUGGACGGCAGCUAUUGCACUUUAUCUCUAUUUCACAAUUGUUCGUGAUCAGCAGUUUGUUGCAAAGAAAUUGGUUAAAGUGUUUCAUGUUGUUGCCUGGGGAAUACCCUUGAUUAUUGUAUCAGUCGCUGGUGGUCUGGACGUGCUUGGUCUCGAUGUUACUGAUCCUUUGGAACAUUCGAAGGAGAUGACGGUGUCACUCACUGGAGGAUGGUGCUUCAUCAGAAGUCCUGCCAAUCAGUCGGUUUUUAGUAGUAAUGGAUCGCUGAAUUUUGUAUCUCAGUCACCAGAGUGGUUUUCGGAUGUUUGGUUUGAUUUUUGGGUAAUGAUGGCUUCUGUGGCAUGGCAGAUCGCAACGUUCUUCUUCUGUGUUAUCAUAUACCUACUCAUUAAGAUACACAUUUACAAAGAAAAACAUCGAUCAAGCCAAGUGUUUGUAACUCAUAGAUUAUUGAGAACUGCCGACAGUGUCGAUAGAAAACUGACAUUUAUACCCAUCGUGUUCUUUCUGCUCUACAUAUGUGCAGUUAUCAGAUCAUUUGGAAGGAUUUUUCAUAGCCAUCAUAUCAUAUACAAUAAACCAUUGAUCGUAUUGCAGGGUAUCUUUGACUCUCUGCAAGGUGCUGCAAAUUGUGUGAUUUUCUGUUUGUUCACGAAAGCUGUUCGAAAUCGCAUUGCAGCUUGCAUUUGUUCAUAUUGCCCGCGAUCAAGUCAUCACUCUAGACAACAAAGGGGUGUGAAUGUUAAUCAGUCACAUCGGGUGGUUACAAGUGAAUACUUUAAUGAGCCGAUGUUUGAUCGAAAGAAGAGUGCUGAUUGGCCAGAUUGUCGUGGAUAUUCUGGUAAUUCUGAAGUAACGCCUCUCGUUCAUGAUGUCAGAUGAAUUAUAGUCGACGAGAGUGGUUUUACGUAGUGAUUACCGUUGCCAUAUUUUAUAUGUGACAAUACUGACAGAGAAGUUUAUUUGCGCUGUUAGUGUGAUAGAGGUUUUCUAUUCUAGGACUGUGGUGGGUAGAACACAAUAAGCAUGGCAUUUGUAUGUCUAGUCUGAGGUUCAGAGAAUGGCAGUUA